CCGAGGAGGGCGCCCGCGUGCUCUUCGAGAGCGCGUUCGCCGCGGGCAGCGCUGCCGAGGCCGAGUUCCUGUACCCGUACUGGUUCCCCAGCCAGAUCUACAGGCACGACGCACCCCAGCAUCUGGCCCCGAGGAGCAAGCCGGGCCCCCGGCCUCUCCCCACUACAAGUACGAGGAUCCCACGCGGUGGAUCUGGCGCCCGGAGAUGUUCCAGAAGCAGCGGUUCCGCUUGCACGCCUCCGUCGCCCCGGAGUGCGACGAUGCCCUCCAGCGCAAGUUGUGGAUCUGGAGACGAUAGGGACGCCGUGGCCUUGCCCCAGCGGCUAGACGCCGGGGACGUGUUCGCCCAAUCCCAGGACAGACGUCUGGGACUUCAAGCCCAAGGACAAGAACUGGAUAUACGGAUACGGAAGCGCGGCGCCACCGGCGACGAAGCCGGCGCCAGCGAAGACGCCGCUGGUCGGCAAAGGGCGGAGAUGACCCGCCCGGCCCACGCGCCGGCCUUCGCCCAGAGCGCCAGCGCCCGCUGCCUGGGUGUCCGUUGGGCUGCUCUGGCCUAGGACUGGGCGGCCCCGUCGGACGCAAAUAUGCCGGCGCCCGCUGCCGCGGUACCCAGCGGGAUGCUCGUGGCGUCCGCCCGGGCGGGUCGGGCGGCCUUCGCUCGGGGAAUGCAAAGGGUGUUGUUACCGCGGGGCGUUGUCUGCGAUCGGCGCCGUUGGGGCCUGGGGGGCACGGCAUUGUCCUCGUCGGGCCUCCUCGGGGCGCGGCGGAGAACCAUAUCGGGGUGCGGGCUGCAAGCCACACCCUUUGCAAGCCACACCCUUCGGAGUCGCCGACCAGUGGACGCGGGCAGCGUGAGUCGUGGCGCAGCAUCGGAUCGGGUCGGAGCGGAGGUCCGCGGGAGGACUCCACCAGGAUGCCACUGCCGAGAGCGUGCA